UAGCCUUGUUCGGCAGUUAAAAAGAUACACUUGCAUUUCAUGAGCGAAAGAAAACAAUAUACGAAGAAGAAUGUAAAUGCAUUCAUUGGGGUUUUGCAAAUAAGAGAAUAUAAACAGCGGUUUUGGCGCAUUUAGAAAUUCCAAGCUUGUUCCUCUCUUUUUGAACAAGAGAGGGGACCUCCUUUGGAAAAAUCUUAUUAUAGCCUUUCAUAAAAAAAGUAUUGAUCCUACAACAUCAUCUUUUGGGAAUAAGACUCCAGAAAUGGGUUCAACCUAUAGGGAAGAACACAAAUUCCAACCGAAUGAUGAAAUGGGUUCAAAUACAAAUGACGAGAAGAUCUUUGUUGCUGUAAGGUUGAGGCCUCUCAACGAGAGAGAGAUUUCCCGGAACGACGUCUCAGAUUGGGAAUGCAUCAACAAUAGCACUGUCAUGUACAAAAACAACAACAAUAGUAAUCUCGGAGAACGUUCCUUGCUUCCUACAGCAUACCAAUUUGACAGGGUAUUUGGGUGGGAUUGCUCUACAAAGCAAGUUUAUGAAGAAGCUGCAAAAAGGGUGGCUCUUACUGUCCUAACUGGCAUUAACUCAAGUGUCUUUGCCUAUGGUCAAACAAGCAGUGGAAAGACAUAUACCAUGUCUGGGAUUACUGAGCUCGCCAUGGCUGAUAUCUUUAACUAUGCAAAGAAGCAUGAAGAAAGGAGAUAUACGCUGAAGUUAUCAGCUAUGGAGAUCUACAAUGAGUCUGUCAAGGACCUCCUAAGCUCAGAUAGUACACCACUUAGGCUUCUCGAUGAUCCAGAGAAAGGAACAGUUGUUGAGAGACUUACAGAGGUGACUGUGAGAGAUUGGAGACAUGUGAAGGAACUUUUGUUUAUCUGUGAAGCACAAAGACGAACAGGAGAAACCUGUAUGAAUGAAAUGAGCUCUAGGUCUCAUCAGAUCCUGCGGCUGACAGUUGAAAGUUGUGCUACCCAAAUCUCUCGCACUCGGAACAAUAGCAUUUUAUUAGCUUCAGCGGAUUUUGUUGAUCUUGCAGGGAGUGAACGAUCUUCUCAAACAGUAUCAACCAUUCCAAGACUUAAAGAGGGUUGCCACAUAAACCGAAGUUUGCUGGCCCUAGGAACAUGUAUUCGUAAACUAAGUAAAGGAAGAAAUGGGCACAUCCCAUACAGAGACUCCAAGCUAACCCGUAUAUUACAGAACUCACUGGGAGGAAAUGCUAGAACGUCAAUCAUUUGCACGAUGAGCCCUGCACGCAGUCAGGCCGAGCAGUCAAGAAACACACUUAUGUUUGCGACAUGUGCCAAACAGGUCUCUACCAAAGCCCAUGUUAAUGUAGUGAUGACAGAGAAGGCAUUGGUGAGGCAAUUGCAGAGUGAAGUGGAAAGACUGGAAACUCAAUUGAGGAACUUGGCUGCAUUCACAACUCCAGCAAUGAAGGCAAAGGAAGCUCUUAUUGAAAAGAUGGAUAAUGAAAUCAGAGAAUUGGUGCGGCAGCGGGAUAUAGCUCAGUCUUGGAUUCGUGAUUUGCUACAUUCAAGAUCAUGGGCCGAUUCAAAUGACCAAUCAGAAACUCCUGAAUAUCAUUCGGCAUCUGAAGCUUCAGAGACGGUCGAUCCUUUUUGGUCAGAUAUUGCAUCAGGCAAAUCACAUUUUUCAGAGUCAUUUGAUAGUUUUCAAGAAGUACCUGAUGACCAAUUUCUCUCAGAUGACACCUCCCCUAGUAUCUAUUUUGAAAAGUAUUUCGGUCCGGAGCCAUGUAAGGGUUGGGAGAAUGCUGGUCAUGAAUAUCAUCAGCGUUUGGAAGAAAACUGGAAGGAAGUCAUAUGCAUAGAAACGGAUUGCAGUGGAAGAGCCUUAGAUUCAACAAAUGAAACAGGAAAGGUAAAUAUGGAGGCAACAAAUGAAUCUAAAAAUGAUUUUAAUGGAAGACAGAAAGAAUGUGAUGAGAAAACUCGAAUAAUGGGCAUUACAAGAUCCAGUGAAGCAGGUUUUGCAACAAAACAAAAUGAAGAUAUUAAAACCAUUUCUGAAAAGAAACAUUGUGAUGAUACAAAAGAUUCCAAAGCUAAGUCGGAAAAGCAACUUUUCCAGUUGCUAUAUGAAGCAGAAGAAAUACACAGGGAAUUUGUGAAAUAUGCAUGUGAGGGUCUAUCUAUAGCAACAAGUUCACAACAAACAAGUCGCGGCGGGUCACUGGAAUUUGAUAGGAAGAUGAGAGAAAUUAUUGAGCUUUGGGAUGAGUGUUAUGUACCACUCGUCCACCGGACCUAUUUCUUCCUUCUUUUCAAAGGAGACCCCUCAGAUAUGGUAUAUAUGGAGGUGGAGCUUCGACGUCUAUAUUUUCUCAAAAACAGAUGGUCUCAAGGAGCUGAAGUCGUUAAAGACGGUCAAGCUUUGACAAGGUCUGCAAGCAUUAAAGCAUUGAAGCAGGAGAGGAAAAUGCUGAGCAGGCAAAUGCGGAAGAAAUACGGAAGAAAGGAAAGAGAGGCGUUGUUUGAUAAAUGGGGUGUAAAUGCAAAAACACGCCAUAGAAGACGGCAACUGCGUGAACUUCUAUGGAAGGACACAAAAAAUAUGGAGCAUAUCCAGGAAAGUGCAAGCCUUGUUGCAAAAUUGGUCGGACUCAUUGAGCCAAGUGAUGCCCCUAAGGAAAUGUUCGGACUCAGCUUUGCCCUUCGACCUAAGAAACCUCGCAAGACCUUUUUGGGGUAUGGGUAGAAUGCUAACCCUAACUGAGCAACAAUUUGCAUACUAGAAAUUAAAGAAGAAGGCAAUGUGUUAGUUUUAAGCUUAAUGCAUUCGAUAGUUUAGUGUUGUUCGAUACUUGAUUUGAAAAUCCACAAUCUGGAAACUCUAAAAUGUUAGAAUGUAAGAUCCUUACUCCAGAAGAGACCGAAGACGCUUCUCAACGGCCUGUAAAGGUCGGGAUCCGCAGAAGAGUUGACGACGGUGAAACUAAAGGUUUUUCCAUCUUCCCCGCCGAAACAUUUGAAAAUGUAGAUCUACAACGCUACUUCCAAUGUUCUUACCUGGUUUGGUUAAAAAAAUACUCCGUAACAUUAUGGUUGAGAUUCUU